CCACCGCCCGCCCCUGACGGACUAGCGACUCCGCCGCCCUCCGGCUCGCCGGGCCCUCGCCGUCAGCCGCCGGAUCCCGCCGCUGCUCGAGCCGCAGCGCUGCCCGUCGCAUCUCGGAGCCGCCUCCUCCUCCCGCCCGCCCGCCUCCUUCCCAUCCCCCUUCUCUCCAAGCGUGAGACUCGUGAUCCUUCCGCCGCUCUCCUUCAUUGACUCGGGGAAAAAAAAAUCCCCGAGGAAAAUAGAAUAUUCAAAGUACUUAAUUUCAUUCAACUGUUUGCUCUUUCCUUUCACGGGAUAUAUAUAUGUAAUUAUAUAUAUAUAUAUAUACAUCUAUUUUUAAAGGACCCUUCCCCUUUACCCUUUUACUCCCCUCUCAGCAAAGGGAGGUGAAAGAAUUGUGUCCCCUCCUCUUCCCUCCCCCCCCCGUCCCAAAUCAUCUAUAUGUUAAAUAUCCGUACCGAUCUGUCUCGAAGGAGAAAUACAACCCUCUGCUUUUUUCGAAAAGAACAAUAUAGCUAUUACAAAAGCCAAGAGGACGAAGUCUUUUUUGUUUGCCUUUUUCUUUUUUCUUCUGGUGGGAGAAACUUAAUGCUGCAUUUAUCAUUAACCUAACGCUCCCACAUAAAACAAAAGGAAGAAAAAGGAGGAAGGAAGGAAAAAGGUGAUUGGGAAGAGCAAUCAUGUCAGGGCGGCCCAGAACCACCUCCUUUGCGGAGAGCUGCAAGCCAGUGCAGCAGCCUUCAGCUUUUGGCAGCAUGAAAGUUAGCAGAGAUAAGGAUGGCAGCAAGGUGACCACAGUGGUGGCAACUCCUGGGCAGGGUCCAGACAGGCCACAAGAAGUCAGCUAUACAGACACUAAAGUGAUUGGAAAUGGAUCAUUUGGUGUAGUAUAUCAAGCCAAACUCUGUGAUUCAGGAGAACUGGUUGCCAUCAAGAAAGUAUUGCAGGACAAGAGAUUUAAGAAUCGAGAGCUCCAAAUCAUGAGAAAGCUAGAUCACUGUAACAUAGUCCGAUUGCGUUAUUUCUUCUACUCAAGUGGUGAGAAGAAAGAUGAAGUCUACCUUAACUUGGUGCUGGACUAUGUUCCGGAAACAGUAUACAGAGUUGCUAGACACUAUAGUCGAGCCAAACAGACACUCCCUGUGAUCUAUGUCAAGUUGUAUAUGUAUCAGCUGUUCAGAAGUUUAGCCUAUAUCCAUUCCUUUGGAAUCUGCCAUCGGGAUAUUAAACCACAAAACCUCUUGUUGGAUCCUGAUACAGCUGUCUUAAAACUCUGUGACUUUGGAAGUGCAAAGCAGCUGGUCCGAGGAGAACCCAAUGUUUCAUAUAUCUGUUCUCGGUACUAUAGGGCACCAGAGUUGAUCUUUGGAGCCACUGAUUAUACCUCUAGUAUAGAUGUAUGGUCUGCGGGCUGUGUAUUGGCCGAGCUGUUGCUAGGACAACCAAUAUUUCCAGGAGAUAGUGGUGUGGAUCAGUUGGUGGAAAUAAUCAAGGUCCUAGGAACACCAACAAGGGAGCAAAUUCGAGAAAUGAAUCCAAACUACACAGAAUUCAAAUUCCCUCAAAUUAAGGCACAUCCUUGGACAAAGGUCUUCCGGCCCCGAACUCCACCAGAGGCAAUUGCACUAUGUAGCCGUCUCCUGGAGUAUACUCCAACUGCCCGACUAACACCACUAGAAGCUUGUGCACAUUCAUUUUUUGAUGAAUUACGGGACCCAAAUGUCAAACUACCAAAUGGGCGAGACACACCUGCACUCUUCAACUUCACCACCCAAGAACUGUCAAGUAAUCCACCUCUGGCUACUGUCCUUAUUCCUCCUCAUGCUCGGAUUCAAGCAGCUGCUUCAACCCCUACCAAUGCCACAGCAGCCUCAGAUGCUAAUGCUGGAGACCGUGGACAGACCAAUAAUGCCGCUUCUGCAUCAGCUUCCAACUCCACCUGAACAGUCCCAAGUAGCCAGCUGCACAGGAAAAACCACCAGUUACUUGAGUGUCACUCAGCAACACUGGUCACGUUUGGAAAGAAAAUUAAAAAGAGAAAAAAAAAAACUUGUUCAUUUUAGUGUUCAAUUUUUUUUAUUAUUGUUCUUAUUUAACCUUGUAAAAUACCUAUAAAUACAAA